AUGGAGAGUUGCAGUAAUCAAAUAGAUAUAUUCGUUAAUCUAUCACAUUUAAUAUUAAAUAAAAUAAUUAGUUAUUUAGAUGAAAACAUUGACAGAAUAUGUUUUAGUUUGGUGUGCAAGAGAUGGUUCAAUGAUAGAGAUAAAUAUUUAAUAUUCAACACUGAUAAUAUCAAUAUUAACUCUAUUAAUAAUAGGGAUAUUACUCAUAAUCAUAAACAUUUCAACUUACCUUCAUAUAAUAACAUCUUUAAUAAAUCGAUUCAAUCAAAGACUGAUUGUUCACUUUAUAUUGGAUUAAACAACUUUGUUAAAGAAUACGAUAUUUAUUUUGAUAAAUAUACAGACUUGAAUAGUAUUCCAUCUUACAUUUCAACGAUAACCUUAUCCAAUGAAAUUAGCGACCAAGAGUAUCUCUAUCAAUUACUAUUGGAAUCACAAUCAGUAACAACAUUGAAUGGAUGCCACACAUUGAAAUAUGGAUUACCAAAAACAAUCAAAACACUCACUCUCAACUAUCUAUUCAAUGAAUUGCUUGUGAAAGGAUCACUCCCACCAUCUUUAGAAGAAGUUACUUUCCGUCAUUCCUUCAAACAAGAGAUUCAAGCAGGUGUACUUCCAGAAGGUUUACUCGAAUUCUAUCUGUACAGCUCCGAAUAUCAAUUUGAGUUUCAACCAGGAGUGUUCCCUUCGUCUCUCAAGACCUUAAAUCUUUGCUUUUAUAAGAAGCCGUUAAAAGUUGGAGUACUUCCAGAGAACCUUGAAUGCUUGUAUUAUUCAGGUGCAUCUACACCAUUGGAAGAAGGAGUAUUACCUAAAUCCUUAAAGAAACUUAUUGAUGCACCACCCAAAUGGUUACAAACAAUAUCAUCACUUCCAAAUCUUGAAAUCCUUCAUUUUUAUGAAAAGAAUACGGAUAUCUCAACAAUCAAUCUCGACUUAUUACCAUCAUCUUUAAAGGUUCUCGAAUUCAAACGAUAUCGAUUGAUUGGAACAAUGCCAACAUCAAUCACAACACUAUAUCUUGAUAAAUAUACAGACUUGAAAAGUAUUCCAUCUUACAUUUCAACGAUCAGCUUAUCCAUUGAAGGUACCGACAUAGAGUAUUUCUAUCAAUUACUAUUGGAAUCACAAUCAGUAACAACAUUCUUUAAAUUCAAUGAAUUGAUUGAUAAAGGAUCACUCCCGCCAUCUUUAGAAGAAGUUACUUUUUUUAAUUCUUUCAACAAAGAGAUUCAAGCAGGUGUACUUCCAGAAGGUUUACUGGAACUCUCUUUGAACUCCACCAAUUAUCAAUUUGAAUUUCAACCAGGAGUGUUCCCAUCAUCUCUUAAGACCUUAAAUCUUUGUUUUUAUAGGAAUCCUUUAAAAGUUGGAGUACUACCAGAGAACCUUGAAUUCCUGCAAUAUUCAGGUGUAAGGACAUCAUUGGAAGAUGGAGUACUACCUAAAUCAUUAAAAGAACUUUUAUGUGUACCAAUCAGAUGGUUACAAGCAAUAUCAUCACUUCCAAAACUUGAAAUCCUUCAUUUUUAUGAAAUGAAUCAAGAGAUCUCAACAAUCAAUCUCGACUUACUACCAUCAUCCUUAAAGGUUCUAGAGUUACAAAAACAAAGUCGUUUGAUUGGGACAAUGCCAACAUCAAUCAAAUCAUUAAAUCUUGGUAAAUGUGAAUUUCAAUUCGAAGAAAUAUUCCCAGAAACAUUACAAUAUCACUUUGAAUCGCUCCAAUAUUCGAGAGAUACGUUUUUUCCAAUUCCAUCCAACAUAAAGACCAAUAAAUUGAUAAUAAAUGGAAUCUCUAAUCAUGACAACAAUUCACUUACUCCUCCAUCUGGAAUCACUUCAAUCAGUUUAGAAAUGUCAUUAAAACAUAAGGACGCAUGUUUAAGAAUCGAUGGAAAUGAUCAAACAACUCUUAAAAAGCUACGACUUCCAUAUUUUAAUGUCCGACCUCGUGCAUUCAUUCCAAACACCAUUGAAGAGUUGGAUAUUGGUGACAAUUCACUUAAUGACUCAUUGGAUCUUAUCAAAUCAAUCGAUUCAAUCAAAACACUUCAAUUUUCCAAAUUACCAAAGACUGAAAUCAUUUCACCAGAAACAUUCAAAACAAUAAAAAAAAUCAACAAUAUAAUCUAUAAAGACGAUAAUAAUAAUAUUGUUUAUAGAAACGAUCUAUUAAUAACUCAACCAUAUCAAUUCAAACGGUUCUCUAUAAAUCUUUUAAACUUUCUUUUAAAAAAGAGUGUUUAUAAUGGUUAUUUAGAUGAAAACAUUGACAGAAUAUGUUUUAGUUUGGUGUGUAAGAGAUGGUUCAAUGAUAGAGAUAAAUAUUUAAUAUUCAACACUGAUAAUAUAUGUAUAAAUGCUUCUCUAAAUAAUUCCGAUAUCCAACUAAAUCAUAAACAUUUCCAAUUACCUUCAUAUAAUAAGAUCUAUCUGAAAUCGAUUCAAUCAAAGACUGAUUGUUCACUUUAUAUUGGACCAGGUAAUGGUCAGACAAUGUUUCGAUACGAUUUUUAUUAUGAUAAUAUUAGAAAUCUAAAUAGUAUUCCAAGUAAUAUAUCGAUGGUCUCUUUAGUUUCACGGGCUAGAUUCCUAGAUAGUGACUUGGAGUAUCUUCAUCGAUUGUUGAAUGAAUCACAAUCAGUAACAACAUUGAAUGGAUGUCACACAUUGAAAUAUGGAUUACCAAAUACAAUCAAAAGCCUUUCAUUCCAUCGACAAUAUAAUGAAAAACUAGUUCAAGGAUCAUUUCCAUCAUCUUUAAAGUCUUUAGAGAUUGUAGAUUUCGGUUAUUAUUUCUACCAAGAGAUUCAACCAGGUGUAUUUCCAGAAGGUCUACUCGAAUUAGCUAUAGACCACUCGAGUUAUCAGCAUGAAUUUCAACCAGGAGUGUUCCCAUCAUCGCUCAAGACCUUGCAUCUAACAAACUAUCAUAUACCGAUCAAAGCUGGACUACUUCCAACUAAUCUUGAAUUUUUGAAAUAUACUGGUAAAUCUACAACAAAAUUGGAAGAGUUAUUACCGAAAUCCUUAAAGUCUCUAUACAUUACAGUGCCAACUCCAAGUUUAAAAGGAUUGUCGGUGCUUCCAAACCUUCAAACACUUUUAGUACAUCAAUAUCGUAACCAGAUAUCCUCGUUAGAUCUCAAUGAGCUCCCACCAACCAUUAGAGAAUUAGAAAUCAAACGAUUUCGAUUGACAGGAACAAUACCAACUUCAAUAUUUAGACUAUCUCUAUGUGAAUGUGAAUUUCAGUUCCAUGAAAUAUUCCCAGAAACAUUGCAAUAUCAUAUGGAAUCCUUCAAAUUAACAGGAGCAAAUACUAUCGGAAUUCCAUCGAACCUCAAGAUUAUGAAAUUUAAAGUAUACUGUUCUUCAUACGAACCAAUCAUUUCACUACCAUCACAAAUAGAAUCAAUCUACUUGGGUGGCCAAUUAAACAAUGAAAAAGAACAUCUACUCGAUUGUAGUGGUGGAGGUAGUGGUGGUGAUGGUAAUCGAGGUGUUGGUGGCACAUCAGAUAAACCUUUAUUAAGAGAACUUCGUCUUCCAUCAUUCAUAAAUGUAAAACCUAAUUUUAAACUACCAAACACAGUCGAACUGUUAGAUCUUGGUUUGAAUGAUCUCGAAGAUGCAUUACCGAUGGUUCCUUCAACAUUAGAUGAUAGUUUUUAUUUGAUCUAUGGUGAAAAUCAAUUAACAAACUUAAUAAUAGCUAAAGUAUUCCACCAAUCUAAGCUAACAAAGAUCUUAGGCAAAUCUUUUAAAUAA